AUGGGCUCGACAAGUGUCCCAAAAGGAUGUGGUUCCAGCAUCAGCUCCAUAUAUUACAAUUUGUGUGACCUGACUGUCGUGUGGGGAGUCGUGGUGGAGGCUGUUGCUGCUGCUGGCGUGGUGACUUCCUUUGUUCUAUUUGUCAUCCUCAUGGGCUGUCUACCAUUUGUGACGGACAAGAAGAGAAAGGGUAUGGUGGCCCUGCAAGCCAGCAUUCUAGUUUUCAUUUUGGGACUUUUUGGCCUAACUUUUGCCUUCAUUGUGGGCCGGUACUCCACCAGCUGUGCUGCACGGAGAUUUCUCUUUGGGGUACUGUUCUCAGGCUGCCUAGCCUGCCUGGUGAUGCAUGGUUUGUGGCUUGCCCUGCUGCAGCGGCGAGGCCGGGGGCCCAGGAGCUGGAUGUUAUGCCUUGGAGCACUGGGUCUCUGGCUCGUCGAAGUUAUCAUCAACACUGAGUGGCUUAUUAUCACUGUGGUGAGGACCCCAUCUGGAGGUAUCACCAUCCCUGACCUGUCCUGCAGCUUUGCUAACAAGGACUUUGUGAUGUCACUGAUUUAUGUGAUGGUUCUGCUGCUUGCUGUGGUGUUGAUGGCUGUGCCUUCACUAACACACAAGCACAAGCAGUGGCGCAGAGAUGGAGCUUUUAUCCUGUUCACAGGCCUAAUAACCAUGGCUAUAUGGGUAUCUUGGAUUGUCAUGUACAUCUAUGGGAACGAAGUGGUUGGAAACCCCAGCUGGGACGAUCCUACUCUGUCCGUAGCUGUGGUGUCAAAUGCCUGGGUGUUCCUCUUCCUCUACACCAUCCCAGAAAUCUGCUUACUGACCCAGGAGGACCCAGACCAGGAGGAGCCCCAUGAUGGAGAUGUCUAUCCUGCCAGGAGCCUGGUUUAUGACAACAUACUUAAGGAACCAGAGAAUGUGUACAUGGAGAAUAAAGCCUUCUCUAUGGAUGAAUCUCCAACAGCUCCUCCAGAGCCCACAAAGCCAAUAUCUCCAUAUGGUGCUUAUAACGGUCAACUACGAAGUUGUGUAUACCAGCCCACUGAAUUAGCCCUGAUUGCCAAGGGUCUGACUAAGAUGGAGCAAGACACAAGGAUUCCUCGAGCCACACCACCAUCUUUUAACCUAGGAGGUGGCUCCCUGCCCUACUCAGGGGAGUCCUAA